AUGAAUCGCUUCAAAUUUGGUAUCGCGCAACCUUGGCCUCCCAUCAGCAUCCCUAAGAAGGGCCGGAUUCGUCUCCUUCGAUAUUGCUUUGCGACCGCCAAGGCCAAAGCGGAACUUGGUUGUCCACUCCAGAAGGGGUUCAAGAUAUGGGCCGACGCCAUCAAGACACCAGCCAGUGCUGCGAACGGCCAUUGCCUCGGAUGGAUGGAAAUUCAUGACGGCAACGAGGAUAGAAAUGAGAGAAUGUAUCCGACCUGCUACCUCGAUGACUACAAGAACAAGAAAGAGCCUUGGACGUGGAACCCAAAGAUCGGCCACGUCCUCGGCAUGGCUCACGAGCACUGCCGGUUUGACCGCGACGAAAACGUUCUUUUCCGCUGCGACAAACUAGUAGGCUACAAAGACGCCCUCAUCGCCGCCAGCGUCGCCGGCCACCAAGACGCCGCAGAGCGCCUCUGCACCGAGCAAGGUUUUGCGAACGAAUUCAACUUCGAAGCUGGUGCACAGUACAUCAAGAACGCCGCUUUCAACAGCAUCUACGCUCCCAUCAUGGACGAAGGCCCCUUUGACCUCGGCUCCAUCAUGAUUUAUCCUUCGAAUGCGUAUGCCGCGGACUCUAAUUGCUGGGAAAAGAACGAUAUCAGUGUUUGUCCGCUUGUUGCCGCGCGCUUUGGGUCCACAUGGGCGAUUCAGAUUGAUACGGCGCCGUCGGUGGGUGAUGUCAAUUUUGUCAGGGCGUGGUAUCCGUGGCUUGAAGAGCAGAAGGAACCUGGUGCUGAGAAGCCGACGACGAGUUCUGGUACUGUUGUUGUUGGUAAGCGUAGGGGAGACGAAGCAGAGCGUGAGUUUGUUAGAGUUCACCGUCUUGGGGUUAGAGAUGGGAAGGUUUGGGUGAAGGCAUCGUAG